AUGUUGGCUAGAACUUUUUUGAAAGCUCCACAAGGUGCUCGUUUAUUCUCAUCAUCAGCUGCUGCUUUUGGUACCAAAGUUUUCUUCACUCCUGCCAUUGAUGGUAGAAAAUUGGACAGAAUUGAAUUUGAAUUAUACGAUGAUGUUGUUCCAAAGACUGCUGAAAACUUUAGAGCGUUAGCCACCGGUGAAAAAGGUUUUGGCUUUGCUGGUUCUCCAUUCCAUAGAAUCAUCCCACAAUUCAUGUUACAAGGUGGUGAUAUCACUCAAGGUAAUGGUUACGGUGGUAAAUCAAUCUAUGGUGACAAAUUUGCUGAUGAAGAUUUUAGCAAAAGACAUACCAAACCAGGUUUGCUAUCAAUGGCCAAUGCUGGUCCAAACACCAAUGGUUCUCAAUUUUUCAUCACCACCGUUCCAUGUCCAUGGUUAGAUGGUAAACAUGUUGUCUUUGGUGAAGUCACUAAAGGUUACGAUACUGUCAAGACCAUCGAAGCUUACGGUACUCCAACUGGUCGUCCAAGAGCCAAAAUUACCAUUGAAGAAUCCGGUGAAAUCAAGGAUCAAUAG